AUGGCAGAAGAGCAGAACGCAGCACGAGAAGAAGAUAACAUAGCAGGAGAAGAGAACGCAGAGCAAGAAGAAGAAAACGCAGAGCAAGAAGAAGAGAACGCAGAGCAAGCAGAAGAGAACGCAGAGCAAGCAGAAGAGAACGCAGAGCAAGAAGAAGACGACGCAGAACAAGAAGAAGACAACGCAGAACAAGAUGAAGAUAACCCAGAAAACGCAGUAGAGAACGCAGCAGUAAAGGAAAAAGCGAAGGUAGCUCAAGAAGAAGAGAACGCAGAACCGAUCCGAUCCGAAAAUUCACAGAUCCGACCCGAAUUUCCGAAUACUCGAGUGAAGAGGAUAAUGAAGCUGGACAGGGGCAUCAACAAGGUAAAUUCAGAAGCCUUACUCCUUGUAUCGUGCUCCGUCCAGCUCUUCCUGGAGUUCCUGGCGGAGAGAUCGGCUGAGGUUGCGACGGAGAAGAAGCGCAAGAUCGUGAAGCUCGAACACAUGCGAGUCGCCGUCAAGAGGCAUCGCCCGACGAGCGAUUUCCUUUUGGAUGAGCUUCCCGUGCCCUCUCAGCCCUCCGGCUAG